AUGGUGUACAACAUGUGCGUCUCCUACGAGUGUUUGUUCGAAAGCGCCAAAAAGGACGAGCAGACGGGAAGGUUCAAGAAAGAGUGUCUGAAGGUUAUCUGUGCCCUAAGGAACGACAAACGCGGCUUUCUGGUGAUACACACUCGAGAUAAGCCUCCUAUGGCAUGGUCUCUGGAUGGAUUCGACCAGCUCAUUAACGAAGACUGUAGCAUGAUGGUCGAGGAUGACACGCUGUACACGGAGAACUACAAACGGGAAUGGUAUGAGCAACAGCAGGGUGGCUCAAUGACUCGUCUCCCCUACCUGGUCAUCACUGUUAAACCUUCCUCCUCCAUCUCCACCUACGACUUCAAAACAAAGGUUACACUAGACGGAGCCAAGGUUCGACCCACAGCCAGACAGAUUGGAACGUAUUUGAAAAGCGUGGGGCGAAAGAGAAAGAUGCAAGCAGAAGAGGAGACAGAGACCCAAGCAGAGUCAGAACAGGAAGAGGAAUUUGAAGAAGCGAAGGAAGAGGAGACAGAAACCCAAUCAGAGUCAGAACAGGAAGAGGAAUUUGAAGAACGGACGGAAGAGGAGACAGAAACCCAAUCAGAGUCAGAACCGGAACAGGAAUUUAAAGAAGGAACAGCUACCAAUAUCUAUGAGUCAAGAAGCGUCCAGAUUAAACGACUGUCUAAUAAAGACAUAGAGCAAAAAUGUUGUAAAGGAACAGGUCCAGGCACGAGUCAACCAGCUGUGAGCGCAACAAUCUCGGCGGCCACACGACCAACACCGGACACCACACAAGGUAUUGACACUGCACCUGCAGACGAUGGUUCCACAAUUCAGGGCUCGGACACACGCUCGGACUCCACUUCAGGGGAUGUACCAAUGGACAUGAAGAUGGUAGCCGAAUGCUUUGUUGAUAGAAGACUACCUGAGUAUCUUACAAUAUUCGCCAAACUUCCAGGAGGUGGGUCCUUCUACUGUGGGAUUGACGAAGGGAAAGGCACACCCGAAGAACCCAAAAGAAAGAGAAAGAAGCCGCCUGGAACACUGAAUAUCGAUGGAACUAAGACUGGAGAAAAUAUUGUCGCAGGUAUUAAUCUUAGCAAACAACAAAAAAAAGACUUAAAAAAGGAGCUACGGAGGAUCAUUUCCGAAAAGACCGGUUGGUACAAGAAAAUGAAGGAUAAAUACAAGAAACUUGAUGACAAGGGCAUCCUGAAAUAUACUGACAUUAAAUUCCACCCUACAGAGAAACGUGAAGCUCAAGGUACUGAUAAGGGUCAAGGUCAAGGUACUGAUAUAGGUCACGGUAAACGUAAAUACGUCAUACAGGUGUCGGUGAACAGAAAACUCAAAGGAAUCGUGUUCUAUACCGACGACUCGUAUCCUGCUCAACUGAAUCGUCCAAUCCCGCUCUCGUUUGAGUUUGCUAAUGAGUCGAAAGAAAAAAUCGUAGACACAGACAAAUGGUUCACUGACAUCGAAAAGGCAGCAACUAAAUAGUUAAUCAAACGAGUAGAGUAAAUAAUAGCAUAUUAUAUUCGCUAUCAAUGGUAAUCGCUAAAACUCGUGGUAAUAAAAGUUAUUUCACUCGGGACAUAAACUUGACACAAAAUGGAAGGUCGUUUAAUAUCCUGUUGUUACAAAUCUGAAUGCACAUUCAGACGUCCCUUUUAUACAUAGCAGCUGUAGAAAGGCAUUUGGCGUGUCUGUUUGUUUAUAGAAGCUGUAGAAAGGCAUUUGGCGAGUGUGUUUGUUUAUAGAAGCUGUAGAAAGGCAUUUGGAGUGUCUGUCUGUUUAUAGAAGCUGUAGAAAGGCACUUAGCAUGUGUGUUUGUUUAUAGAAGAUGUAGCCAGGUUUCUGGUGUGUCUUUUUGUUUAUAGUAGCUGCACAAAGGGUUCUGGCGUGUCUAUUUGUCAACAUAAGUUGCAGAAUGAUUUUUGAUGCCUCUAUUUGUUUAUACAAGUUGUAGGAAGGGUUUUGACCUGUCUAUUUGUUUAUAGAAGUUGUAGAAUGAUUUUCGACGUGUCUAUUUUUUUUAUAGAAGUUGCAGAAAGGUUUGGGAUGUGUCUGUUUGUUCAUAGAAGUCGUAGAAAGGUUUUUUUGCCGUGCCCAUUUGUUCAUAUAUAUCCUAGAAAGAUUUUUGUCGUGUAUUUGUUUAUAAAAGUCGUAGAAAGGUUUUUGUCGUGUCUAUUUGUUCAUAGAGACGAAGAAAGAUUUUUCUCAUGUGUAUUUGUUUAUAGAAGUUAUGAGAAAGGUUUUUGUCGUGUCUGUUUGUUUAUAGAAGACAUAGACAGGUUUUAUAUAGUGUCGUUUAUUGACGUGAACAAAGACUGUGACAUUAUUAAACGUGUGUACCUCCUAU